UCCGCAAGUAUCGUUCACUCAAUGUUGGUAUUACCUUUGUGUCGUGUAAAGAACGUAAAGAGUGUGAGAGUGUCGAGAUUGGACAACACGUGUUGAGCGUGGACCGAUUGGUCGACGAUGACGAAGCAUGAAGUUGUCUCAUGCUUCUGCUUAUCUUCAUUUCGGGAAAUCGAGUAACAAAGAGCCGACGAAGAGCGAACGAAUAGAGGAAGACGCGCAUCCUUUUUCCGACAAUUCCGAGACUUUGUACGAGGAGUACGAAUUGGAGGAAGAAGACGAAGAAGAAGGCGAAGAAGAUGCGGUGGAAGAAAGGCGUAGCACGCCAAGGCGACGAAUAAAACCCAUCGAUGCACCGCGUCGCGUUUUGUCGUUGCUGGAAAGAUGGCGAGAAUGGCAGGUUAUUUCGUUGUACCGUAUAGACCGAGAUCGGCGACGAUCGUAUCCGAUUCGUCUGGACGUCAACGGCGUAGCGACGUAACGCGAUUCGAGUUAGUCAAUUCGCUACACAAUUCGCUACAAUUCGACACUCGCGACACUCUACUUUCCCAGACUCACUGUCUGGGAAAACGUGUUGACUCGCAAACGCCGCGGGCGUUUUCGAAACGAAAAACCUCGAAUCGACAGAUUCGCCAUUCUGUCCGAUCUCGAUGAAUUUAGAAGGCGGCAACGACCACGGUGAUGGCACAGUCCAGGGAUACGUCGCGGAAAAGGCAAAAAAGUCAGAAAGGACGAAAAACUUUGCCGAAAGAAAUGACGGACGAGUCUGCUGUCGUUGGUGAAAUCCCCGACGUAGAUAAGUUAGAUGGAGUCGACGAUAUCAGAAAUGAAAUGAUAAAAGACAUGCAAAAUGAGAUUCGUUUGGAGCAAUACAACGAGAAACGAAAAGCAGAAUUGGAGGUGGAAGAGGCGGCUAUUCGACAAAGUCAGCUGAAGCAAACGUAUUUUGUUCUCACUCGACAUUGGACAGCGUACACGAAGAACAUUCUGAAUCUGGAGCAAGAGGAGAACUGGGCUCGAUACAUGACUUGUGACGGUCUACCGGAUCCUGGCUCCUUGUCCGACAUGAACACGUUUUUGUUCCUUUGGUCGUUGAAGAACGAAGAGGCGAGUAUGAGUACCAUGGAGGAGAAAUGUCGAGUGAUCACACAGCUGUUGAACAAGCUCGAUAAAAUCAUUCGCUUUUCCACGAUCGUUUCGCAGGAUUACGUGACUGAAUGCGAAUCGAUCGCUGCUGAGCUUCGGAUCAAGCUUCAACGAUGGAUCGAUCUUGCCUGUUAUCGAUUACUACGUAACAUCGAGGCGAACAUGAUUAGAGAAAACACGAAAACAACCAGAUAUGUUCGUGUCACUGAUAAAGCGGUAUGUUGCGUUUGGGCCCCGCUCACGUUGCCCAUAGGAAUGAAGCGACAGGGAACGGAUAGAGAACGAUCGUCGCUAAUCGCACCACGAAAGUCGGUGCAAGUAGAAUUUGGAGAAAUGAAACUGACGAUUAAAAUGCCGACCGAUUUGGAUUGCCAUCGCAUGGCGAUCAGAGGACUUUCGCUUUCUUACGACCAUUAUUCGGUUGAAACGAAUUCCUAUCGGAUGCCCGAGCUUCCGGAAUAUUUGUUCCAAUUGUGGAAUCCUUCUCUUGGUCUUCUGGAAUUCUCGAAGAGAGAGUACGAAGAAAAGCUUGGAAUACGAGAAAAGCAAAGAGAGGGACGACGUUUGCGUUUAGAAGAGAAAAAAGCGAUUCUGGAAAGGAUGGAGCAUCCACCGGUUUCACCGCGAUACGAUAAGAGAAGGAAACGAGGUAAAAAGCAGAGAAAAGCACAUUCAGCGAAAGGUGAGCAAUCGGAGUUCGAAUCGACGUUGACCUCGAUGUUGCCUUCGAAAACGGAGUUGUUGCCCUAUUUACCGACUCCGAACGAGAUCGUUCGUGAAAGAGAGGAGAAAGCUAGGUUGGAAACCAGAAAACUGCUAUUCAUUCGAUGCGAAAAAACCGAGGUAAACUUACGAAAGUAUAGAAUACUCGGUGGUGUAUUUCGCGUGGAUCUUUUGUAUCAACCGCCUCAACCCAAGGAUCUCGGAAAAGAGACUAGUUUGACAACUCUCGAAUUACCCAAGGAGCCGAAAUUUGUACCGUUCCUUAGAACGUACGAAACACCCGAAUCAGCGCCAGAUUCCGAGAGAACGCCAGAAAUUAUCGAGGCUGAGAUGAAAGCUUUGGAACAGGCGAUGGAUGCUCUCGUUUUGCUUACCCUCGAGUUACCAGACUCGAUUCUCUGGUUCGAGCCACCGUUGGUCGCUCACUGGUUACCGGAGAAAAGGAUAUGGUCGACCAAGGAUGUGCACGACGUUAAAUUCAACGAGGAGAAACAAACGAUCGCGUUUCGAACGGGAAGAUUAGGUAUCCAUGGACUGGCUGGCUGAAAGAGUGGCCGUGAUUAUGCCGGUGUGGUUCUCGUCGUUACAGCGGCCACGGUACAAGCCGAGUUCGUUAUCAGGGAGGAUCGAGUCUGUUUGAACUCUUUCACCGGUGCUUCGUCCACACCGCUCAAAGGAAUGCUCGGUGAAUAUUUCGAAUUGGAAUGUUUGAUCGAGCGAUUGCAACAGGUUGGAUGCGACCUCUUUCCGGAACGGGACGCUGCCAGCUAUUUAAAAGGAUUCUCAAUCAAACACCCGAUCGCGGAAAGACACUUGAGAGAGUGCAUGGCUCUAUUAUCCACUUCCUAUGCGUUUUCUUGGUCACGAUGGAACGCCACACGAGAUUUUAGAGAGAUAGUUUUACAGUUCAAAGAAGUGCACGGUUGCAUCGCUAAACAGCGUACAAACCUGAUGCUCUUGGUAACUCCCUCGCGAACUAUGCGUAUACGUUGUACCGAAGUCAGCUCCGAAUUCUCCAACUUACCACUCGACGACGAAGAUAGUAAGUUUUACGCUGACCUGUAUCAGUUGGCAUUAAACACCGCUGGGAUCAAGACUCGACUGUUAACGGAACGGAUAUCGUAUAAAUUAGCAUCGACGGUUACUCGACUUCUCGAACGAACCAACGUUAUCAGCAUGUCCUCGUAACUGGACGAAGCUGUUGCGCGUUAACGAAUAGGAAUUAUUUCGGAAACGAGAGGAGAGUAAGCUACAAAGUUUUCGUUUCCCAAACGAAAUUCUCUUUAUUCGGAUAUACAAUGUAUGUCGAGCAUCAAGCGAUAUUCAGGAAAUAAUAAACGCCUCCGUUCGAUCAGUUCGUCAACGAUAUCAGUUUGUAAAACGAUAUUUCGAAGGAAACACACAGCGAUAUCGAGCUUACUGCUAAGCGGUAAAGAGUUAAUCGAUGCGCUUUUGUCGUUGGGUCGAGGAGUGGACGAGAGAGGUCUAGGUAGCAGUAUGGCAUAGGUAUACUUGGAUCGUGCGAAUAACUCGGCUUUUGAGCUGGGAGGAAAGGGCGAGAGGUCGUGUGGCGUAAAUAGCGUGCGUGCGUGCGUGCGUUCGAGCAUGCGUGCGUGGGUGCUUGCGUUCGUGCAUGCGUGCGCGUGUGCACGUGGGAGUGUUUGUUGUGUUUGCAUGCUAGGGCUUGGACACGCGCCGCGUGAGUGGAUGCGAAUGUGGUGCGUGCUUGCGUGUGCGUGCACGCGCGCGCAAGGAGUUAUAUAGAUCGGAUCGAUAAGGUGUAACAGGGAAUAAAUAACGACAAGGAAACGAUACAGCGUUAAAUUUGUAUGAGCGACGAAGUCGUACUCCAAAGUCGGAUCUCACGUGAUCUCGUACGAUUUCCGACACACGCGACCAACGAACGAUAUCGGUAUCGUGGCGAAAGCGAGAUAAGCUUUUCAAACCAGACACGUUCGUUCGCUUUUCUUAUUUUCUUUUCUGUUUUUCCAAAAAUAUUUCGAUCGAACAACCUCGUUUAGGAAUAAACGAUUUUUCCUUCCUCUUAGAUCCACAUCUCCGUCCUACCCUCUCUCCGUGAAACAAAUCUGUUUGUGCGUGUAUGCGUGUGUGUGUGUGUGUGCGCGCGUGUGCAGGUGUGUGUAUACACGUAAUACGAAGCUAAAAAAUAUACAGCGUUGCGCGCUGCGAGCCGGACACGCGUAAGAGGAGUCUCGACUUGGGAAUUUGCUACGCGAUCGAACGCUAUCGAUCGUAGAAAUUUCUUUCGCCUCUUCGUUCCGUAUCACACCCUUCCAUAACCACUUUCCUCUUUUCCUCCAUUUGUGUAUGUUCGCGCUUGCUUCCUCGACACCGAUCUACGGAACCCUGUUCGUCCUAUAUAUCGUUUGCACGCGUAUAUAUACAUAGAUAAAUACAUACCCACGAGCAAUAUGUCAAACGAUUACGCUGUCGCGAAAAUGAUCCGUUUAAUCGUCUUUCGAGUGGCUCCAUCGCGUAUCCAGUAAUCGCGAGGGCCGCAUCACUUUAUAUCCUCUACGUUCUCUAACUAUGUAUUUCUCUACGUUUUCUGCUUUCUAUUUCACCAUCGAAUGUUAACGCGUAUCCUUCGUUUCGACAAUUUUAUCCGAAUCAAGACAAGCGAGUUCGUCUCGCCUGUCCGAAAUAAACGUUCAUCUGCUCUAACUAAUCGUUUCUCCAUCUGCUCUUCCAAUCACUCGCUACCUUCUUCCUUCCUUCCUUCCUUCCUUCCUUCCCAUUUUCGUUCGAAACUUUUCAGUCACAGGCUCUGGAAACAGUGUGACACUUUCUCCGUACAAACACUCGCGUUCAAGUCCAUAUAAAUAUCGACACUCGAGUUCAAGAAAAAAAGCAGGGGUUGCCAUAAUAAAACGGAAUGUCGUACCUUUCCUUUUUUUAUGAUUGGAUCGAACGAAAGACCAAAAGAUGAAGAAGAAAAAGAAGA